AUGAAGAUAUCAAUUGUAUUAUUUCGUCGAAAUCUUUUGCCUAAUGGGCACAUAUUCAGAGGCAAAGAUCGCCUCGUGAAAAGAGUGGAACCCAGGCAUCUUCGUCAAUUGGAACGUGACUUAGAAAUCGAAGAAAACAAUAUGUUUUACCUUCGACAUCCCUAUUUAACGGAGGCUGAAAGCUUUGGUCACUCGAAAGCAUUAGGAAAUCAAUUGGCACGCAAAGAAAGACUUAUAGAUACUUCUAGGAGGAUUUUCAAACAAGAUGUUACAUUGUAUGAGAGGUUGGGACAUCUUAGGGUAAAAGAAACAUGGGAUUAG